AUGAUCCUGGCGACUAUCAUCGCAAACUGCAUCGUGCUGGCUCUGGAGCAACACCUCCCAGCCUCCGACAAGACACCGAUGUCCGAGCGGCUGGACGACACGGAGCCCUACUUUAUUGGAAUAUUUUGUUUCGAGGCUGGUAUCAAGAUCAUCGCACUCGGUUUCGCUUUCCACAAGGGCUCGUACCUGCGCAACGGCUGGAACGUCAUGGACUUUGUGGUGGUGUUAACCGGGUGA